AUGUCUGAAACUUUCCUCGCUUACGCUUGUAAGGGCAAGAGCCAACCUCUUGAACCCAUGGAAGUCAACUUCUGUACUUGGGAUGAUGAUAUGGUCCAAAUGGAUGUCAUCUGUUGUGGUGUCUGUGGUACUGAUAUCCACACCAUCGAUGAAGGUUGGGGUCCCACUGAAUUCCCUUGUGUUGUCGGUCACGAAAUCAUCGGUACCGUAACCAAGGUUGGUAAGAACGUCCAACGUAUCAAGGUUGGUGAUCGUUGUGGUGUCGGUUGUCAAUCCGCCUCUUGCGGUAAGUGUGACUUCUGUAAAAAGGGUAUGGAAAACUUGUGUUCCACCCACGCCGUCUGGACCUUCAACGAUCGUUAUGACAACGCUACCAAGGACAAGACCUAUGGUGGUUUCGCUCAAAAGUGGAGAGGUAACCAAGACUUUGUCGUCAAGAUCCCCGAUGACUUCUCCUCUGAAGUUGCUGCCUCUUUCCUCUGUGGUGGUGUCACUACCUACGCUCCCCUCAAGCGUUACGGUGUCGGUAAGGGCUCCAAGGUUGCCGUCCUCGGUCUUGGUGGUCUUGGUCACUUUGGUGUCCAAUGGGCUAAGGCUAUGGGUGCCGAAGUUGUUGCCUUUGAUGUCAUCCCUGACAAGGUUGAUGAUGCCAAGAAGCUCGGUUGUGAUGACUACGUUCUCAUGCAAAAGGAAGACCAAAUGGAACCUCACUACAACACCUUCACUCACAUUCUUGCCACCAAGAUUGUCAACAAGUGCUGGCCUCAAUACAUGAAGAUGCUCAAGAACAACGGUGUCUUCAUGCAAUGUGAUAUUCCUGAAGAACCCCUCUCCAACAUUCCUCCUCUUGUCAUGGCUGGUAAGCAAAUCACCAUCGCCGGUACCUUCAUUGGUGCUCCUGGUGUCAUCCAAGAAUGUCUUGACUUUGCUGCCAAGAACAACGUCCGCACCUGGGUCAACACCUUCCCCAUGGAAAAGAUCAACGAAGCUAUGCAAUUCGUCCGUGAAGCCAAGCCUCGUUACCGUGCUGUCUGCAUGAACUAA